CUCCUCAAAGGACGUCGUCAUGGGCUCUGGCGGCUCAUCUCAGGCCAAACGUGCUGUGUCAGCUACUGCUGAGGCGGACCAAACAGAAGGAUGGAGUGGCAUUAUGCCGACCGCCCAGGAGCACACCAGCCCGGAAGUCCACAGCAAGCUGUACGACGAAAUCAUGAGUUCCAUCGACCUGGUCUUCGCGCACUUCAGCGAUGGAGUUCGAGGACUUCCGGCGGAACGCCUCGGGCAGGCCAUGCGGAUCCUGGGGAUGAACCCCACGGAGGAUCAGGAUCUUUGGCCGCAGAUUGAGGCUUUUGUGGAGGUCUACAAACACUUGGCAGAUCUUGGUCGCCCAUACAUCGACCAAGCGACGUUUCACCGUUUCAUCCAGGACGAAUUGACAAAGUAUCUCGAACAGGUUCAGGCUGUGGUUGACUAUUUGAAGCAAUAUGAUACGGACAGCAAGGGCGCCUUGUCCACUGAAGAAGUUCAAGCAGCGAUCAGAGGAAGUGAGCUGAGCCAGAAGAAACUCCAGGCUUGUUGGGGAAUCAGAACUUGCAGUAAAGGUCAGCUGGAUAUUGUGGAGCUGGCAACGUGUUUUCUGGAGCUGGGUGACUCUGAGGACAUGCUUGAGCCAUCGGAGGCAGAGAAAGAGAGAGCAUCUGCGAGUGAAGCAGAUAACAAAGCAGUCGAAAUUCAGGUGGUCAAAGAUGAUGUAUCAGCUGAUGUCGAGGCACAUGUGGGAGCUGGGGUUCCUUCUUUUGGUGGAAGACAGGAGAGCGCCAGUGGCCCAGCAGCCUACAGCACGAUGUUCAGCGAUGUCAUCGCUUCCACGAACGCUGUCUUCAGAUAUUUCUCCCAGCCUUCUGGAGUUCCCGCGGAACGACUUGGACAUGCCAUGGCUAUUCUUGGGAUGAACCCCACGGAAGAUGAGGUCAAAAAGCAUUUGGCAGAUCUCGGUGGUCCAAAAUACAUUGACCAAAAGAUGUUUCACCGUUUCAUAGAGGAGGAAUUGGGAAAGCUGAUUCCGAAAGUUCAGGCCAACCUGACGACCCAUGAGGGAUGCACCAAGCUUCCUGAAUUGCUGGACUAUCUAAAGCAGUUCGACACGGACGGUAAAGGCGCAUUGUCAGAGGAAGAGCUGCAAGAAGUGAUGAGAGGCAGGAUCGGGCUUGGAGCCGAAAAGGUGGCGAGGGGAUCAACGGAUGCCUGGCUGAAGUCUGUUUGCACAUCGAAGCCACGUCCUGUCAGGGAGCAACAGGUUCAGGUGGAGCCAGCAUGCA